GAAACCAAUCGGUAGUUUGUAACACCAUGUCUCAGUAGCAGUGCUUGCCUCCGCUGCCAAACUGGUCGGCGAAAGGCUCAUUUAUCAAAGAAAGAAGGUAGUUACCAAACAUAGAAGACGGUAUAAUUAGGGUUCCGGGUGUCAAGAAAGGAUUAGGGUCGUCGUUUUCCUGUGAGUAGGAUAAUCUAAGUAGUAGUUGAGCUUCCAUCUCUGUAGAAACUCAUCCUGUAUAUCAUUUGAAUCAUAUCAAAUAAGCUCCUUUCAAAGCGAUCUGGUACCACAGGGCUUAAAUCAGUUCUUCCUUCAUCACGUAGUUCGGUAAAAAAUCAAAUCGCUCGUGAAAUCGUUUCUUCGUGAACUGUGUUACUUGUUUCUCUCAAAUCUCGCCUGGAAUUCCACUUUCCAACUUUCACAGGAUCAGAGCGGUUUGGAGUUGUCGGGUGAAGAAGAAAGUUUUUCUCCUUUUAUGGCUUAUGUUUUUUUGAGGCCAGGGAUGAAGAAAAGCUUGUACAAAUUCUCCAGUGAUGGCACUGCUGGUUUUGUUCAGGGAUUUUUGGCCGAUUCCUGCAGAUUUAUGGCUGAUUCAGGCCAAAUUGAGUGGCGAUUCUGAUCUCUCAAACCCUGACUAAUUUUCUGUUAUUAGGUUGUUCUUUGUCAAGGAGGUUGCAUUGUGUUUACCAACUCUAUCUCAGUGGUCAAUGAACUACAAAUUAGACCAAAUGUCUCAUAGUAGGAUUUGUACAGUGGUGGCUGUCUAACUCUUUCUUAUACUCCAUAUGUCUGGAUAUAGCAAUGGGCUUGCAAAUCAUCUUCCUUGGCAUGGUUUCUUUGACAUUAUUCCAAAACCUAUUGUAAAUAUUUGUUAUCUUUGGACUGUGGAGUAAAGCUUUACUACUUAGAAAUGGAAGUGAAGAAGAGUAAGAGAAUAAUUGUUGACUUGAAGAGGAAGCGUGCAUCCCAAUGUGCAUCAUAUUUCACUGCAGCUGCUCGUACGGCGGUGCUACGGAGAUCCUCAUUUGAUUCCCUAUCCGACAAGCUUUGGAAGCGGGUUAGGUCGAAGGCAUGCAGGAACAAAUCAGGCUCUCGCUCUGAGAAAGGUAUAAUAAAAAAUUAUUCAAAUUUCAUGAAGAGUGGGUUGCUUCAACGUCUGAUGUUUUACCACAAUGGUGAAUGGAGGGAUUUUCCGAAAGAUUUUCUUGAGUUGGUGAAGAAAGGUUUUGAGGAAAAGAAGGCAGCCUUUGAAGUUGAAUUCAAGGGUUGUUGUUCAUUGCUGAAUUUUCUGGACAUGAUUCAGGUUGACCUGAAAACGGGCUUAAAACAGCCAAUUGCUUGGAUUGAUGAAGCAGGUGGCUGUUUCUUUCCGGUAUCAUAUUCUGAUGAUUCUGAUGACCAGGAACUGCAUAGCUGUUUUCAGUCUGAACCGGGGGAAGAUUGUUCACAUGUAUAUUCAGAAACGGACAUGGCUCGUGAAAUUAAACUGCAACUUGAGAUUGGGAUUGAAGUAAUUGGGGCCGGUAAUGCAAAAUCAGAAGAAUGUGGUGAGGAAUCAUAUACUCGUGUUAAGCGGCUUAAAAUUGAUGAAAAAUCUCCCAGUGACCAGUACGGAGUAGAAGAACAUGAUAGUACCAAUGCCAAAUCAGUUGCAAAGAUUGUGGAAGCUAUUGGGGAGAAUAGGCAUUCGGGUGGCAACUCUCUUUUGCAGACAACUGGAUUUGAUGAAUUGACUGAUGAUGCUGUGCAAGAUAUGUUCCUUUUGGGUAUGGGCCUAAAAUUGAGUGCAAAUGACAUACUCCAGAUGUACCGUGGCUCAAGUAAUUUUUUGCAAGGUCGGUUGGAACUUUUCCGAAAGCAGCUUGAAAUUACGACAAAGUAUCGUGGUGAUCCAAAUAUAAGAUAUGCAUGGCUUGCCACUUCCAAAGAAGCAGUAUCCCGAAUAAUGGAGCAUGGGCUUGGUUUAAAAGAACUGUGUGAAACUAAGCCUAUGUAUGGUGUUGGUGUUCGUCUCACACCGGCAAACUGCUCCUAUAUCAGUGCAAGUCAUUGUGAUGUUGACGAAAAUGGAGUACAGCAUUUGGUUUUGUGUCGUGUAAUUAUGGGAAACAUGGAACUUGUUCAUCCUGGAUCUGAACAGUUUCAUCCAAGUAGCGAAAACUUUGAUAGUGGUGUAGAUGAUCUUCAAAAUCCGAAGCACUAUAUGGUAUGGAACAUGAAUAUGAACACUCACAUCUAUCCGGAAUAUGUCGUCAGUUUUAGGAUGCCAUCCAAUGCUGAAGGUUUUUUAGUUGGGAAUGAAAGCAAAGUCAAUGUUUCUGGAGUCACAAAUUCUGCUUGCUCUCAAGGUCAACUUCAACCAGAUUCUUGUCUAGUUAAUUCGGUGGGAGAUCGUCAUACAUUUCCAGGCUUUGCAAAGAGAUCUCAAACUGAAAACCUCCCUGUUGGUUCAAAUGUUCCAAAGGCUCCCAAAUCUCCAUGGAUGCCUUUCCCCAUGUUGUUUGCAGCCAUCUCUAGUGACGUGCCUCCUAAAAAUAUGAAGUUAGUGAAUAUACACUAUGACCAAUUUAGGAGUAAAGUUAUUAAUCGGGAUGAAUUUGUUAAAAAGUUGAGAUGUAUAGUUGGGGACGGACUGCUGAGAUCCACGAUAACAAGUUUGCAGUGCAAGUUGGCAUCAAAGCAGGAGGUUGAAUGAGAAUAUACACAAACCAGGUUGAUGAAGCUUAACUGUCCUAAAUUUGCUGCUGCAGCAUGUGAAAUGUGUCGACAUGAUGUGAAUGUAGUUGUGUUUGGUACGGGAUUUCGGGUUUAGUAUCAAAUGGAAUUUAUUUCGAGUUUGUUAUCUGGUGCGACAUGAAGUAAUGCCUUUUAUCAGCUAUAAAAUUAUAAAUGGUAACACUAUUAUUGUCUGUAUGGCAUUUUUGCCGUCUGUGAUUAUGGUUGUUAAUUGUGUGAACUACCUAAAGUAGCAGUUGCCUCCACUGGAAUAUAAUGGAAUGCCAUUGUGAUAUGACCCA